GAAAUGCGGAUGGUGUGUAUCCCGCGAGCUGCUGUGUCAACUCUUCUGCAUGGCAUCCGCCCACUACUUCUGUAAGCCACAUUGAACCUAGCCCUGCAGAUGCGUUUGCAAUGUUGACGUGAAUACCUACUGUUACCUGUGAAAUAUGCCAAAUGAUGAUGUCGAUUAGAUUUUUAAUGCUUCGCACGAAAGCAUAUAAGAAUGUAGGUCAAAGGCGUGUCCAUUUUCUUUUGCAUUCCGUCACUGUAAAGUCGAUGUUCGAUAUUAAUGAUUAUUUACUGGAAUAAUUAAACAUGCUCUUGAAUUUUGACUGUUAUUUAUCAGUACCUGUGUUGGACUGUAAAUCAUUCCUGCACACAAAUAUGGAGAUUAACUUCCGGAAGUGAAAACAAUUCUCUUACUGUUCUUAGUUUAAAUCUGAACUGGAUAAGAUGCCGAUUCUGCCGAAAGAACAAAAUACUGAUACUCCCGCCCGGAGAGCUAGUUUAGAAGACGAUUUGUAUACUCCCGAGUUUACCUUCGCAGAUCAUAUGGGGAAAGGAAGAAGUUCAUCUUUCUUUAAUGGAAUUUUUUUUGGCACAGACCGGCAAAAUGCUAAUUACCAAAGAUUCAGCAGAAUAGCCUCUGCUCAAGAAAUGGAAGACUUUGAUUCGUUUUAUGAUACAUCAGAAGAAGCUGGGGAAUAUUCCUUGACUUCAGACAGUGGAGCCCAUGAGUUGUCGCAGAUGGAUCCAGAAGCUCGAGCUAAGGCUGAAGAAGAAUGGACUCGAGAAUUAGCAAAAACUGAAGAGGAAAUAAAUACUCUAAGACAAGUUUUAUCAUCUAAAAUUAAGAAGAUGCAAGAUCUAAAGAGAAAGCUUGGUAUCACUGUCUGGAAAGAACUCAAAGAUGACAUGGAACAAGGAAUUCGCAACAUCCAAGAAUCAACUGCAUUCCAGAAGACUAGUCAGACCUUAAAAACUGCUACUGAAAAGACUACUGAAGCACUGGGAACCAUUGGAGCUAGUGUCAGAGAGAAAUUAGAAGAAGUCAAGCAGUCUGCAGCUUAUAAGAAUCUUGAGGAAAAAGUUGGAACUGCAUAUACCAAUGUCAAGACUAAAGUUAGUGGAUCAAGUGUAAGCCAAACUGAUGUUAGUGGGAGCAAUGAAGAAGUUCUCGCUGAAAAAUCUAAUGGAAGCCAAAUUUCAUCAGAAAAAUCUUAACUUAGGUCCGUUCUUUGUUCUUUUUACUGGUUCUUUUGAACUUCUAAAGCUAAAUGUGAUUUCCCCCCUUUGGUAAUGAGUUAAUGUGAUACUUUUGAUACCUUUUAUAAGAUCUCAUAUAUAAACAAUAUUGCACACAUAUUACAUGAGAGAAACCCAAAUAUUGUUAUUUAAAGUUGCAAUUUGUUAGCUUGUUAAAAUUUAUAUAUUUGAAUUUUUUUUUUUUUAAAUCGUAUUUGAAUGUUACUGCUUGGGAAAAAAGACUGCAAUUUUAUCAUAGUGAUUAAAAUAUUAAAAGCUUCUAUGUUCUUAUAAGUUUUAUUUGAUUACAAGUUUAUAUGUUUAUGCAUUAUACAAUAUAUAACUAGUGUCAAUAGAUGUCACAUCUGUUCUAAAUUGUGCCAAAUUCUAUUGAAUAUUCCUGAAAGGUGGUUUUCCAGUGCAUUUUUAUUAUUGUAGUAGAUCAGAAUAGUAGUAAAAAUGUUUAAUCGAUGCAACUUAAUCAGUAAUUAUGGGAUUUAGUUUAGUUAGUGGUCACAGAUACUACAUUUACUCAAAGGACUUUUUAUAAUUUCUUUCUGAUGGAAAAUUGAAUAUUAAAAAUAAUAUUGUUUCUAGAGCAGUAUUCCUAGAUUUGGGUUCUCUGAGGAGAAAUAUUAAUGAAGAAAGUUUGUGUAAUAUAGAACUAAUUUUUUUUAUUUAAGUAUAAAAAGGCUAUGACCUUUUUAACUGUAAAAUAAUAAUAACUUGAAAAAAUAUGAACUAAGAAUUAAAUUUCCAAACUUGCGUCUUGUAUUCUAAUAAGUACUCAAUGUAAUUGACUGCUUCAUAUGUGCUGAUAAAAGAAAGGGAGUACAAUCUCCAUAAGAUGCUAAAUUAGCAAACAGUAAGUAAAGGAAUAAAGGACGUCAUAAUGAGAAAUAUAUCUUGAUGAUAAUCAUAAAAAUAGCUGUAAGCCUUUAAAAAAUUAUUUAAAAAAAUGAGGUAAGAGAGAGAAAGAAAUAAAAAAGUAAUCUAUUAUAUUAAAUUCGUUCCUUUUUUUCAUGCAGUUACAAAAUUUUUAUUUUAUUAAAAAUUAAUUUUUGAAUUUGAUAAGCAACAGUUCUGGUAUGAGAUUUUAGAAGUCAAUUUUUUUAUAUCUCAGUAGUUAAGGUUCAUCUAUUUUAACACUUUCUUGCUUUAAAACUGUUGUAUUUUGUAUAUUUCAAUAUUUCACAUACCUUCCAUGCAUGAAAAUGUAUUAUUGUUAUCUGUUCUAAACUUGCCAUUUUUUUUAAUGAACAUUGUGCUUUAUAACUCAUUUAAAUUUAUAUUAUAUUGAAAUUUUGAAACUUUUACAAAAAAGUUGGCAUUCUUGAAUUUAGUAUUUUAUUUUAAAAUAUCAUUUCAUUACUAUUAUAAGUUUAUCAAAAAAUCUUUUUCAACUAACAACAUAAUGUAUUAAUGCACAUUUUGAAACUGCACAGAGUGAUUAGUAUGUUACAAUAUGCAAAAGAAGCCGAAUUUGUUUUUAUAUGUUUUGUAAGAUUUUUGCAAAUUAUUUUUUAUGCAAAUUUCAGUUUGUAUCAGAUUAAAAUUUUAUGACUUGUAGUAUUGUAUAAUUAAUAGUUUAAAAAUUCUUAAAUGUUUAUAGUUUAAAAGCACUCGUGCUUUUAAAAUUUUUUAAUGGAUAAGAAAUAUAUCACCUCUUGCUUCCUUUGUGUAUGUUAAAUUAGCAGUAUUUUAGAUGUUUUAUAAAUGUCUUAAACUGUAACUGAUUAAGCCAUGGUCUUUCAUUUUAAUUGUAAAAAAGGAAUAAUUAUUCCGCUGGAAAAAAUGAGAUUGCUUUUAAAGAAAAAUUGUAAGAGUUAUUUAUUACAAAGAAAGUAUUUUCUGAACUUUUACAGUAAUAUUCAGAAUUACUUUAUAGUAAAUAAAUAGUUUGUAAUGUGUAUUUAAAAAAUGUAUUAUGGAAUUUUUAAAAUCUGUAUUGCCUAAAAUAUUAGAUACUAAAAACUGGGUUUUCUAAAAUAUGUAUUUUUUCCCAAAUAAUAAUUUACAAAUCCAUUUCAUAUAUUCUUAAUUUUUGUAAUGCUAUGGAUUUGUAUUAAUUGUUAUCAAUAAUAUAUGUAAUAUAACUUCAAUCAUAUUUACUAGAAAAUUGUUGAGAUGCAAGUGCAAAUAACAAUGCAUAAUUGUUCUUGUUAAAAGUCCUUUCUACAGGAUACUGGGAUUUAUAUUUUGUGAAACUGAAAAUAUCUGAGGUUAUAUUUUGGUAAUUUUUUUAGUCUAUUGCUAAAGCUGCUUUUACCAGGCAGAAAAUAAUGUAUAUUUUAUAAUAUGUCAAAUGGUAUAUUUUCCUGAAUUACUAUAUGUAUAGAAUUUUUGAAUUGUGUAACAAAAGCUGAUGGGUAAAUAAAUAUUUACUUUAUCUUUU